UAAAACGUCCUAAAAAUCCUAUAAAUGGAGGUUGGCCUCACCCCUGAAACAAAAACCCUUAAAACUAAGAUCUCCCAAAACCUAGAUGGGCUCAGGACUUGACUUUGGACCCAGGCUUAUCAAAAGCUAGAAACCCUGAAAUCCAGAAGAUCCCUGAACUGGAGCUUCGUUCGAAUCCUUGAACCAAAACAUAAAAUCCCCAACAUCCUCAAAGAACCCCCUGAAAAGUAUGGAAGUUGAAGUGAAGCUUCAGCUCCCUGAUGCCACCGCCCACCAAAAGCUAAGUGCUCUCCUCUCUCCCUUCCACAAAAAAACCCACCUCCAAGAAAAUGCAUUCUUUGAUGGACCCAACCAAGAACUCUCAUCUCGACGCUUGGUCCUCCGGCUUCGCUUUUACGAUAACGACACCCACUGUGUGAUCUCCCUCAAGGGCAAAUCUGUAAUUGUGGAUGGCAUAGCGCGAGCUGAAGAAGAGGAAGAAGAAUUCGACCCGAGUCUCGGUCGGGCAUGCCUUGGGGAGCCGUGGCGUUUGACGAGGAGCAAUUCACAAUUGGUUCAAAGAAUUGUCGAUGAGUUUGCAUUGAGUGAUUUUGUUUACUUGGGGGGGUUUAGAAAUGUGAGGGCUGUUCAUGAAUGGGAUGGGUUGGUUUUAGAGGUUGACGAGACAAGGUUUGGGUUCGGGACGAGCUAUGAGGUGGAGUGUGAGACGGCUGAGCCAGAGCGGGCAAGGGAGAUGUUGGAGGGUCUGUUGAAGGAGAAUGCGGUGCCGUACACAUACUCCACUGUGUCGAAGUUUGCGGUGUUCAGGUCGGGGAAACUGCCUGAGUGAGGGCCUCCAUCUUGAAUUUGAUGCUACUUUCUGUCAUAUGGUUAUUGGCAUUUUGAUAGGCUUGAUGAUUUGUGUUCCUUAUAUUGAUAAAAAAAAUAACGAUAGUAACUUACACUUCAUUUAUCAGGAUGAUUUAUGAUGUAUAUGGUCUGGGAACAUAAUAUCAUCAUUGUGUCUUCCUCCUUAAGAUAACCAGCUGCAAUUUUCAUAGUUUUUUUAGUGAACCUAUUAUUUUGGAAUUACAUAGUUGAAUGAAACAAUCUAUUUGGAUUUACAUGGUUGAAUGAAACAAUCUAUUUGGAAUUA